AGGAGGAGUUUUCAUUCUGCUCUAGGAGGAUUCAGAAACCCUGACCUCUGUCUGGACAGUGCUGAUUGGCCCUGUGCUGAUCACAUGCACUCUCCCAAGAAGAAAAAAAACCUCUCUAGCAAUACACACCAAACUGAGCAUGCGCAGAGUGACUCCACAUAAUAUGUCUUAUUACGAGAAGGGAAGGAUCAGAGAAGAAAGGAUCAAACAGCCUUUUUACACAAUGCAGAGGAUUAAUUCCUUAGGUUCCACAGUGAGUAUAACAAGCAUGCUUUAUUGCAUAUACAGACUGGUUUUACUGUUGUGAGUUUAGUAACACUUU